AUGAUUAAUCUAUCUAUCUAUCUAUCUAUCUAUCUAUCUAUCUAUCUUAGUAGCAGUGAUAAUAUUAUCAUCUACAUAAUAUCUUUAACUUUUCUUUCUUUCUCUUUCUUUCUUUCUUUCUUUCUCCUCCUCCUCUUCUUCUUCUUCUUCUUCUUCUUCUUAUUAUUAUUAUUAUUAUUAUUAUUAUUAUUAUUGUACUUCCUGUUUCCUUCAUUGUGGAUAUAUACGCCCUGGGAGUUUUUCUUUCGUCCUUCCUUUCUUUCAUUCAUUUAUUCAUCCAUUCUUUUUUUUUUUCUUUCGUUCUUUCUUUCUUUCAUUCAUUCAUUCCUUCAUUCAUUCUUUGUUCCUUUUUUUUUUCUUCCGUUAUUUCUUUCAUUCAUUCUUUCUUUUUUCUUUCGUUCUUUCUUUCUUUCCUUCUUUCUUUUUUCUUUCAUUCAUCCUUUCUUCCUUUCUUCCAUUCAUUUAUUCAUUCAUUCUUUCUUUUUCUUUCGUUCUAUCAUUCAUUCAUUCAUUCUUUCUUUCUUUCUUUCUUUCUUUUUCUUUCGUUCUCUCUUUCCUUCCUUCAUUAUUUCUUUCUUCCUUUCUUUCAUUCAUUUAUUCAUUCAUUCUUUCUUUUUCUUUCUUUCAUUCAUUCAUUUAUUCAUUCAUUCUUUCUUUUUCUUUCUUUCAUUCUUUCUUUGUUUUUGCUCCUAA